GAAACGCUGAAGCUGAGAGGAACAUCAGAAACCGUCACAAGAUGUCUUUCAUACAAGUCGAUCCAACGUCGGACUUCUCCUACCAGAACCUUCCUUAUGGAGUCUUCUCCACCUCUGAGAACCCCAAACACAGGAUUGGUGUUGCUAUUGGAGACCAGAUCCUGGACCUGAGUGUGAUCAAGUCUUUGUUUGCGGGGCCUGUGAUGUCCACGCACCAGGACGUCUUCGAUCAGCCGGUCCUGAAUGCUUUCAUGAGUCUGGGUCACGAGGCCUGGAAGGAGACCCGGAGAACCCUGAAGACGCUGCUAUCCACAAGUGAGAGCACGCUGAGAGACGAUGCCAGCCUUCGGAGCAGAGCGUUUGUCCCCCAGAGCGCAGCGUCCAUGCACCUUCCUGCGGACAUCGGAGAUUACACAGAUUUCUACUCGUCCAAAGAUCACGCGUCCAACGUGGGCACCAUGUUCAGAGGGAAGGACAACGCCCUGAUGCCAAACUGGUUGAGGCUACCUGUUGGGUACCACGGUCGAGCAUCCUCGGUGGUUGUUUCUGGAACCGCCCUUCACCGCCCGUUGGGUCAGAUGAGACCUGAUCAAACAAAGCCUCCGGUGUUCAGACCCAGUCAGCAGAUGGACUUUGAGCUGGAGAUGGCGUUCUUCGUUGGGGGAGGAAACCGGCUGGGGGAGCCCAUCACCAUCGACCGGGCCCACGAACACAUCUUUGGGAUGGUCCUGAUGAAUGACUGGAGCGCCAGAGAUAUUCAGGCCUGGGAGUAUGUUCCUCUUGGACCGUUCCUGGGGAAGAACUUUGGGACCACCAUCUCACCCUGGGUGGUACCAAUGGAGGCACUUUUACCUUUUGCAGAACCCAACCCCAUCCAGGAUCCAGAACCACUCCCGUACCUGCAGCAUCAGGAUCCAUACACCUUUAACAUCAACCUGUUUGUGUCUUUGAAAGGACGUGACAUGGACAACCACGUCAACAUCUGCAAGUCCAAUUUCCAGUUCAUGUACUGGACCAUGAAGCAGCAGCUCGCCCAUCACACCGUGAACGGCUGCAACGUCAGACCAGGAGACCUCCUUGCUUCUGGGACCAUCAGUGGGCCUAACCCAGAAAGUUUUGGCUCCAUGCUGGAGCUGUCCUGGAGAGGAUCAAAGAGCAUCGAUGUUGGAGGAGGAAAAACUCGCACCUUCCUGAAUGAUGGAGAUGAAGUCAGAAUCACAGGUUUCUGUGAAGGAGACGGGUUCCGAGUUGGGUUUGGAUCUUGUCAGGGAACCAUCCUUCCUGCUCUGCAGCCCUGAACCAAAAUGUUCAACGUUGAUUGUUAAAAAAAAUUAACAGGAACUUAUAAAGAUGUACCCAACUCCCACCUCACAGACCGACUGCAGUAUCUUUGUGUUUUUACCUUUUUAAGACUGAGAUCAUUUUUUACAGACGUAUAAUUAAACAUGACAACAAACUGUUCUAACAAGGUUAAGUCAGGUCUUCUGGACGGAUUCUUCUUUCUUCUUCCUUUCUUCAGUCGGAGGUCUCAGACUGAGAAGACAACACAUUUCAACAAAGAAGAAUCUGUCCAGAGGACCUGACUUAACCUUGUUAGAUUUUUCUACCUGGAUUAUUGAGCUGCAUCAGGACACAACAAACUUGUUUACAACAAAGACUGAAGUUUUUUUUUGUUUCUUUUGUC